AUGGCCAAGAAACAACCCGUUCUUCAUGCAAGAAGCAUGUCGGAAAAGUCUUCCGCUGCUUCACCAGAACCCUACCCCGGCUUCAUUCUCACUACGACUUCCACGCCAGGAACCUACACCCUCGCCUUCAGUCCGUCCUCCCCCAAGAACCCCUACAACUGGCCCAUCCGUCGCAAACUCUUCAUCUUCGUCACCGCUCUCCUGGCCAUCAUGAACAGCGGCAUGUCAUCUGCCCUCCCCAGCAAUGCCAUGCCCUACAUCCAACCCGAAUUCAACGUCCCCGACGGUCCCCAAACCAGUCUUCCUACUGCCGUCUUCCUAAUCGGAUACAUCGUCGGCCCGUUGAUCUUCAGUCCCCUCAGCGAGACAGUCGGCAGACGGUGGGUCAUGGUGCCUAGUUUUACAGUAUUCGUGCUGGGAACAUUGGGGUGCGCAUUGGCCCCGAACUGGGCGGCCUUGCUGGUGUUUCGCUUCAUCUGCGGUAUCUGUGGUGCGGUGCCCCAGACGGUCAUCGGGGGUAUUUAUGCGGAUGUGUUUGGCGAUGGGAAGGAGAGGGGAAGAGCGAUGGUUUGUUACAUGUCGACCGCUAGUUUCGGUCCGAUUUUGGGCCCGAUCGUCUCGGGUUAUGCGUCCCAGUAUUCCUGGCGUUGGACCUUUUGGAUCGAGUUGAUCUUCGCCGGGGUUAGUUGGAUGGGGUUGGUGUUUAUGCCUGAAACCUUCGGCCCUGCCAUCCUCAAACGUGAAGCCUCUCGACUCCGCAAAGCAGGCGUUAUCAUCGCCUCCUCCUCUGGUGGCAACAUCAAUUUCCUGCGCGUGUUCUCGCGCCCGUUGACGAUGUUGAUCUCUGAGCCCAUCAUCUCUUUCACGUCGAUCUUCAUUUCCCUGGCAUAUAGUCUGGUGUUCUUUUUCUUUCAGGCUUAUCCGAUUAUCUUUGGAGACAUGUACGGCUUGAGUAUCCAAACCACCUCGUUGGCUUUCUUACCAGUCGGCGCCGGAGCCUCAGCAGUAGGCCUCCUCGCCCUAACCUACGACACCUACUACGAGCGCUCCAAAAAAGCCGGCGCAUCAUGGACCUCGAGCCCCGAACUGCACCGCCUCCCCGUCUCCUGCCUCGGCGGCAUCUGCCUCACCAUCUCCCUCUUCUGGCUCGCAUGGACCGCCCAACCAAGCAUCCACUACGCCGUGCCCAUGACCGCCGGCUUCCUCUUCGGCUUCGGCUACCAAACAAUCUUCGUCUCCCUGCUGACCUACGUCACGGACGCGUAUACAAUCUUCUCAGCCAGCGCGUUGGCCAGCUCGGUGAUUAUUCGGAGUAUCAUGGGAGCGGUGUUUCCGAUGGCUGUCAAGCCGAUGUAUGCGGCUUGGGGGGUGCAGUGGGCGACGAGUUUCGUGGCGUUGUUGAGUUUGGUGUGUGCGCCGAUUCCGUUUGCGUUGGUGGUGUUUGGGCCGAGGAUUAGGGCUGCGAGUCGGUUUUGUCAUGGGAUGACGCAACAGCAUCAGGAGAGUGAGAGCGAGAGGGAGGGCGUUAGAGAGGGGGAUGUUUAG